AUGGGCAAAAUCACCUUCUACUGCAACAUUUGCGGUGGGCCGCUGGACUGCUAUGAUCUCCGAAAGGCUUCCACGGCCUGUGAAGGCGAAGACCUAAGCCUUUGCUACGAUGAUGAGUGUGACUGCGAGGCUCAGACCAGACCGGAAGCUGAAGACGAGGAGGAUGGAGAAGAUGACGAGAACUCUACCGCGCAGUGUGAACACGAUAGUUAUUGCGCAUCCCUGAGGGGAUACAACGGGGAUUUGGUACCUGAAAAGGAUAUCUUGUGGCUAGAAAAAGUGAGAAUGCUGCGUCCUAGGGAUGCCCAGAGUGACAAGCAUAAUCAAAUGCAGGAUGAUGACGCAUACUAUAUCACUGACAUUGGCAGCUAUGAUCCGUGGUAUGGACUCACAGUUCCUGGCGAAAACACUGGUAGUAGCGAUGGAAGGCUAUGGGCGAAUAUAGAUGGCUUUUUUUUACAUGAUACCUGCUGGCAGAUGCUUCAACUUGUACAUCAAACUGUGGGUUCGAGCUCGCGGCCAUUAGGGCCUCGCCGGGUGUAUCUUACUAUGCAGGCUCGAUUAGGGCAUGACACGGAGAAAUCCAUCGACUGGGAGGACAGUAGAAUCUACGGUGGUACGGAGGACUUUCAAUCGCAAGAGUGGGAAGCAGAGCCAGGGUAUGAGUGGUUAGUUGCGGACCCGUUAAAGCCAGUCGACGCCUCUGAGCUCAUCUCUGCCUCAAAGACGUCGAACCCCGGCUCAACAAAUGCAAUUGUAAACGUGGGUGCACUCGAAUUGCCGGGUGUAGAUCCGUUUUCGAGUCUACCGUGGGACGUCCGCUAUAGGAUUUUGCAAAUGCUUCCUUCGCCAUCCGUCAUCAAUCUGGUCAUUGCCAGUCCCGCAUUUCGUGGAGCUGCCCGAGAUCUGCCCGAUCACUUUUGGAGAUUACGUCUGGGCUACGAUUGCCCGUGGAUUGACGGAGACUCACUUCGGCAAAACCUUGCCCAAGCAGGCGCGCAGGUUAAUUACAAGGAACUCAUUCGUCUCACCAAGAAAGCUGCAGCAAGGCCAGAGGAUGGAAUGAACGAAGAGCAGGAUAGCUGGUUGAACCUCAGAAAUCGCCAUCGGAUCUGGACAUGCUGCGAGGUUAUCCUGGAGAAGUUGGAGAAAGAAGCAACACCGUGGGUCCAGUCUCAAUCAAAGUGCAAAUCGGGCGAGCAUGCUGCUAACCUCAACCAGGGAAUAGGGUUUACUAGCACUAGCUUAGUGGAGUAA